CCAUCAGUGGAACUAUUGGACCUAUAAUGCAAUUCACACCUACCCCUGGAGCAACAGGAUCUAUCAAGCUCUCUCAGAAAACCAUUGUGCAAACCUCAGGACCUAUCAUACGAUAUACUGGACCCAGUGCUGAAACUUCAGAAACGACCAGUACAGAAUCGUCUUGUUCGUCCCUGACACCUAUAGUGCUUUCACAGAGAACCACAACAAUUGCUCCAAUGGCAGCCAGAAUGCCUCAAGUACACACUAUGGAAAGUUCUGGAAAAAUUGUUGUAUUUCCAGGUUACUCGGAUGAACAACUUGCAAAAAAAUCAGAGUCCAAAGCCCCGAUUCUAAAAAGUGGAGGUCCUGCAAGUCCUCAGAAUAGCCAAGAAGAAAACAAGGAAACAUCAAAGAAUGAAGUUAUAUUUAGAGAUUCUGAUAAAUCCUUGAAAUCAACACACCAAAAGGAGCCAAAAAAAAAAGCAAAAGUCACUGAUUUAGAGAAAGACAAGAAAGGAAUGGAGAUCAAGGUAGAAAGAGACACUGGAAUACUAAAAAGACAGGAAGCCCAAGUAAAGAACAGUGAGGCGGUUUUACCUAAAGGACAAAAAUCUCAAGUAAAGAAGAGUGAGGCAGGUGUACCAAAAAGACAGAAAGCCCAAGAAAAGAAGAGCGAGGCAGGUGUAUCAAAAGGACAGGAAGCCCAAGAAAAGGAGAGUGAGGCGAGUGUACCACAAGGACAGGAAGCCCAAGAAAAGGAGAGUGAGGCGAGUGUACCACAAGGACAGGAAGCCCAAGAAAAGGAGAGUGAGGCGGACGUACCAGAAAGACAGGCAUCCCCCAAAAAAGCGGGUGUACCAAAAAGACAGAAAGCCCAGGGAAAGAAGAGUGAGACGAGUGUACAAGGACAGGAAGCCCAAGAAAAAGAGAGUGAGGUGAGUGCACAACAAGGACAGGAAGCCCACGUAAAGGAGAGUGAAGUGGGUGUACCAGAAAGACAGGCAUCUCCAAAAAAAGCGGGUGCACCAAAGAGGCAGAAAGCCCAAGAAAAGGAGAGUGAGGCGAGUGUACCACAAGGAGAGGAAGCCCAAGAAAAGAAGAGUGAGGUGGAUGUACCAGAAAGACAGGCAUCCCCCAAAAAAGCGGAUGUACCAAAAAGACAGAAAGCCCAGGGAAAGAAGAGUGAGACAAGUGUACAACAAGGACAGGAAGCCCAAGAAAAAGAGAGUGAGGCAAAUAUACAACAAGGACAGGAAGCCCAAGAAAAAGAGAGUGAAGCAAAUGUACCACAAGGACAGGAAGCCCAAGAAAAGGAGACUGAGGCAAAUAUACAACAAGGACAGGAAGCUUAAGAAAAGGAGAGUGAAGCUAGUGAACAAAGUAAAACAGAAAGGGUAAAUAAAAGGAAGCCCCAUAAGCCAAAUGGUCAUUAUGAUUCCCAUCCUCCACCCAUUGCCUAAAUGGAUUAUAAUUAUAAAAUCCCUUUAAUUUUUAUAUCUGCAGAGUUUCUGCUCUUCAAAAGUUUCGCCAUUUUUAGACUUCUGAGCCACAAUACUCAGAUUCCAAAUAUUUGUUUUAUUUGGGGUAAAACACUAGGUAAAACACUUUAAUUAAAGAAAUGCAUAACAA